UGGGCAAGCCUGUGAGGUCUUUUCGGACUCUCCCUCGUCCCACGGGCACUUAUUGACAGGCCCAGGCAAGGGGCCGCGGGAUAUUUUUUUUUUUUAACCCCCGAUGCAAUGCGACCAUAUAUUGAAACGGAGAGGGAGAAAGAAGAGGGGGCACGACAUAUCGAAUUCGAAAGGAAAGGAAAAGCGACGAGAGCUUAAGGUUAGGGUUAGGGUUUCUGGUCGCGUCCUCUCGGAUCGUAAAAACUGGAGGAUAAGAUGACGGCCCUUGCCAACUCCCAUGGCAACCUCGAUGAGCAGAUUUCGCAGCUCAUGCACUGCAAGCCGCUAUCCGAGCAAGAGGUUCUUCCUCGUACCCUCUCCGUUCAACUUGCCUUCUUGCAUGUUUAAUCUUUUUUGGGGACAAUUUGCUCGAUUCGGAGCGUUUUCCCGACGGAUCAGGGAAGUUUUCUGCUAGGAAAAACGGUUUCUUUGGUGUUCCCGAAUCAAUUCUCUGCGAUCUGGCAAUGAGCUCACUUCUGUGGAUUUAGGGUUUUCAGCUUCGUCUGGAGAGGGGAAAUUUGUACGAGAUCGGCGAAUGUUGCGUUGUAUAUUUUGGGUAAGAGUUCUUUGUGGUAAGGCUAAGGAAAUUUUGAUGGAAGAAAGCAAUGUCCAACCUGUGAAAAGCCCUGUAACAAUAUGUGGUGACAUUCAUGGGCAAUUUCAUGAUCUUGCAGAGCUAUUUCGGAUUGGUGGAAAGAGUCCAGAUACCAAUUACUUGUUUAUGGGAGAUUAUGUAGAUCGUGGGUAUUAUUCCGUUGAAACUGUUACGCUUUUGGUGGCCCUAAAAGUGCGUCACCCUCAACGCAUUACCAUCCUGAGGGGAAACCAUGAGAGUCGUCAGAUUACACAAGUUUAUGGAUUCUAUGAUGAAUGUUUAAGAAAAUAUGGUAAUGCAAAUGUGUGGAAGAUUUUUACAGAUCUUUUUGACUAUUUUCCAUUGACAGCAUUGGUUGAGUCAGAAAUAUUUUGCCUUCAUGGUGGUCUGUCUCCAUCUAUUGAGACUCUUGACAACAUACGUAACUUUGAUCGUGUUCAAGAAGUGCCUCAUGAGGGUGCUAUGUGUGAUCUCCUAUGGUCUGACCCAGAUGACCGAUGUGGUUGGGGUAUAUCUCCUCGUGGUGCUGGAUAUACCUUUGGUCAAGAUAUAUCAGAGCAAUUCAAUCAUACCAACAACCUUAAACUUAUUGCUAGAGCUCAUCAGUUAGUCAUGGAGGGAUAUAAUUGGGGACAUGAACAAAAGGUGGUAACCAUAUUCAGUGCACCUAACUAUUGCUACCGGUGUGGGAACAUGGCCUCGAUCUUGGAAGUUGAUGACUGCAAAGGACAGACAUUUAUCCAGUUUGAGCCAGCACCCAGGAGAGGAGAACCUGAUGUAACUCGUAGAACACCCGAUUAUUUCCUAUGACCCUGUUGUUGCAGGCUUUUCUUAUACAAGAAGCAAGUGUAUGCUUGCUAACAAAUUGGGGACAGGGUUGCAGAUAUUUUGGAAGAUAGAUUUACAUUUUUAUCUUGAGCUGCUUUGAUUGAUUGUAUGGGGAUAAAGAUCAAUCUAUUAUUCGAUGGAAUGCACCCCUUGUCUGUUAGUAAAGUAAUGGACUCGUUUUCUUUCUGAGGAAGGCAGCAGAGAUGGCCAAGCAGCACUAGUGAAGCAGCAUGUAUCAUUUGCAAAAUAAGUUGUGGAUUCCUGCUCCCUGUGGGUUUCUUUCUAUUUUGCUUCUUUUCUUUUCUUUACUUUUUUUGUAAUUAAAAUGAUCUUGUAGAGGCAAGAGAUUUAAUUUUCAGGCAUUGAUUUUCUUAUUUUCUAAUUAAAAAUUUAAGUGGUCUUUGUGGGUUGGUUAUUUUCACUAAAUAAGUUUCUUUAACUGGUUCUCACUUCUGUAAGUUAUUUUAUAACAAGAUACUAUUGGAAUGAUCUGGUUCCACUCUUUUGAGUUCC